AUGAAUCUCUUCGCAUUUGGUUCCAACGCAUCAGGACAAUUGGGACUCGGCCACGAAGAAGACGUCUCCACACCACAUCAAUGUCUCUCCAUGCAGCAAUCUACAGACGCAAUAGAGUCCGAAAUCCCAUCAAAGCACAAUAUCGUUCAGAUAGUCGCAGGCGGGAAUCAUACCCUGCUAUUAACACACCAAGGUCACGUUUACGCCUCAGGAUGCAAUACAGAUUGGCGUUGCGGUCCGGAUCCGGACAACCUGGACUCUUUUAUCGAGGAGCAGCCGCGAAAUGGUGGAGAGAACCUUUUACGCUUUAGAAGAGUCAUUAUCACAGACCGUAUGACCGGAUCCAGGAUAGACACAUUCAAACAUGUCUCCGCUACAUGGGAGGGAUCUAUCCUCGUUGCAAAUGCAGCUAUCAAUGCCGGAGACGAGAAACCCACUCAUCAAGAUAAGGUCUUCGUUCUUGGAUCAUCACCGAAAGGGGAGCUCGGCCUAAGAUGUGAUACUGGUACUACAAUGAUCAUCCCCGGGACAUCCAUACCUGAUUUCCCACCUUCAGGGACGCAGAUAUCGGCGCUUGCGAGCAGUAUGGGACACACUGUUGCUGUUCUUUCAAAUGGAGAGGUCUAUGGUUGGGGCGGGGCGCGGAAAGGCCAGCUCGGUGAUGAAUUGAAGGGAGAGAAAAUUUCAUGGACACCCAGACGCAUCAAUGGGAUUCCAUUUGCAACAACGGGAGCUGUAUGCGGACGAGAAUUUACUGUUUUACUUGGAAAGAAGACAGAAAUGGAGUUCAUGGUGCUCGGGGAUAGAGCGAAUAGAUGGGGUAUAUUGGAUGUGGUGGAUUCGGAGGGACUACGGUUACGGAUACGAGAACGGAAGACGGACGGAGCUGGAACUGGAACUGAAGGUACACGCGAGGAAGAAAUGGAAAAAGCUAGUGUGGAUUCUUUCGCUGGUGCGGCGGAUAAGUGGAGAUUGGGGCAGAUUGGGGCUAGUUGGCAUGGGAUAUAUGCUCAUGUUAAUAUUGGCGAGUCUUUAUCCGAUGCUCAUAUAGGUUCUAUGGAGAAAUCUGACUCCAUGCUUAUUGCAUGGGGCCGGAACGAUCGUGGCCAGCUUCCUCCGCCUGAUCUUCCUGCUUUGGAUGAGCUUGCUGUUGGUAGCGAGCAUGUCCUUGCCCUUCUACGCGAUGGGUCCGUGGCGGCCUUCGGGUGGGGCGAGCAUGGGAAUUGUGGGCCAGAAACGGAUCCUCACGGCAAUGUGGCCGGGUUAUACAAGUCGGUUCCUCUAGCCGAUGCCCUGGCUGAUCGGAAGAGGGUGGUUGGUGUCGGGGCUGGAUGUGCCACGAGUUGGCUGAUUGUGGAUUGA